UGCGGCGUGGACUUUUUGGCCUAAACUUCGUUUCAGAUCCGCAAACCGAAGACAAAAGCAAAAGGGGAACUUAGGAAAUACAGAGGAACAGAAACAGAAAGACAGGUUUUUUUUUGGUUAUUGGGUUUGUUUUGUUUUGUUUCGUUUUGUUUUGAUGUUUUAAUGGCUGAGAGCCAAGAGCAGCAGCACCAGCCAUCCAAAACGGUUGCGUCUCAAAGACCCACCAUUACUCCUCCACCACGGCCUUUCACGGAGGCGCUAUUCAACGGUGGGUCAGGCAUGAUGGGAUUUAGCCCAGGACCCAUGACCCUUGUUUCCAACUUCUUCUCCGACACCGACGAGUUUAAAUCCUUCUCUCAGCUACUUGCUGGUGCCAUGGCCUCGCCGGCCGCUGCAGCAGCUGCCCAGAGACCGAACUUUCCUGCUCCUCCUCCUACUACUACCACGGAAGAGCAGGGUGACGUUAGCGGUGCUGGAGGUGCUGGUGACACGGGGUUGCGGUUUAGGCAGAAUAAACCGGCCGGUUUGGUGAUAGCUCAACCGCCGCCUAUGUUUACUGUGCCGCCAGGGUUGAGCCCUGCGAGCUUGUUGGAGUCUCCUGGGUUCAGUGUGUUCUCUCCUGGUGCCCAGGGUCCUUUUGGGAUGACACACCAGCAGGCCCUAGCACAGGUCACAGCUCAGGCUGCACAAGCCCAAAUGCAGGCUGACUAUUCGUCAGCACCAGCAGCAUCUUUGGCUCAGGUUUCAUCAUUUACUGCCAGUACAACCACAAACCAGCAGAUCCCAACAUCAUUGCCAGACUCUAGUGUUACCAGGAAGGAACCUUCCAGAGUAUCUCACUCUGAUCCAAGAUCCCAACCUGCUUCAUUUAUUGUUGAUAAGCCAGCUGAUGAUGGCUACAACUGGCGAAAGUAUGGGCAGAAGCAGGUAAAGGGCAGUGAAUUUCCUAGAAGUUAUUAUAAGUGCACGCAUCCAGGUUGUCCAGUCAAGAAGAAGGUUGAGAGAUCACUAGAUGGCCAAGUAACUGAAAUUAUCUACAAAGGGCAACACAACCAUCAACCUCCUCAGUCAAAUAAGCGUGCAAAGGAUAGCGGAAGCUUAAAUGGAAAUCCAAAUAAUCAGGGAAAUUCUGAAUCAGCUUCCCAACAUCAGGGUGGCAACUUGAACAUAUUGAAAGAAGGGACAUCUGCUUAUUCAAUGUCUAAGAAGGACCAUGAAUCUAGCCAAGCUACAGCUGAACAUCUUUCUGGGACCAGUGAUAGUGAGGAAGCAGGUGACAAUGAAACUGUUGCAGAUGAAAAAGAUGAAGAUGAACCUGACCCCAAAAGAAGAAGUACAGAAUAUAGGGUCUCAGAGCCAGCUUCUUCACAUAGGACUGUCACAGAACCUAGAAUUAUUGUGCAGACAACAAGUGAAGUUGAUCUAUUGGAUGAUGGCUAUAGGUGGCGCAAGUACGGACAGAAAGUUGUCAAAGGCAAUCCUUACCCAAGAAGCUACUAUAAAUGUACAACCCCAGGAUGCAACGUCCGUAAGCAUGUUGAGAGGGCUUCAACAGAUCCCAAGGCUGUUAUAACAACAUAUGAGGGAAAACAUAAUCAUGACGUACCAGCUGCCAAAACUAGCAGCCAUAACACAGCCAAUAGUAAUGCAUCACAAGUAAGAACACAAACUGUAACUAACAGUGCAGAUUUUGGGAACAAUAGUCAGCAGCGUGUAGCACAUUUACGGCUAAAAGAAGAGCAGAUAACAUAAUUUCUACUGUACUUGCAACUGUGGGAAGGGGCAGGAGAGCAUGAGUACAGCAUGGAAAUUUCCCAUGUACAUCAGGCAAAAUCCGUUGCAUUUUGCCAAAGUUUGUAAUUCAACACUGGCGGCCGAUGUUUUAAUGGAGGCCAUCCACCCAACUGAUAUGAUAUACAAAAGAACAGAGGAAGAAACAUAUGAGAAGGAAGUCAGUUUGGAACAAAACUCACUUGGAUUGAACUAGGAGGGGCAUUGUUGUUGUAUGUAAAACUAGUUUAGAGGGCAUACUGUAUUUAGUUUCUGUUAUUCCGUGCAUUCUUUUUGUACAUGGAAUACUGAAUUAAUGUUGUUUCAUAUGAUUGUUGACUGAUAAUGUAUGAAUCUCAAGAAUUUUUACAUUAUUUAUAGCUCAUCUCUGCCAAAAUCUUUGGGUA